AGCCUCGAUUUGGCCGGACACGACACACUUUCGGAUUUACAGAACAAAAGCAACAACGGACCGAGGGGGGUAGGUACAGUAAGGAAACAAUUUCAAACAAUUAACAAAUCGAUUCUAAAGGCGUAUCAUAUUUAGUAUCAGUUUGGGUCUCAACUUGAGACAGCUACAAAGUUCUAGAAUUGUUUCCGAAACGAGAACCCGUUUUGAGGUUCGACGGAUAAAUAAAGCAUCAGGGUCAGACAAAUGGUAUUGUUCCCCCGUUUUGUUCUCUCCAACUUCAGCCAUUAACAAAAGAGAAGAUUGGGAUAUUUUGUUUUCACUUUAUCCAACCCCAGAGUGAAGGGGUGAAAUACAUGAUUCCGGUGUUUCUGCUGUGCCUCACUGCCUCUGUCAGGGGGGUCAAACUUGAUUCUGAGGACUGGCGACUUGAAGGGAAACAAGGACGACGGAAACAAAGCCAGUGCUGGAAACGGACUGGAGUGACGGGCGGUGACAUCACCGAUGGCAACACAGGUUGACCGUAACAGAAGAAUAGGACUGGAGGUAAACAUGAAGGAGUCAUCCCAGUGUGAUGUCACAUGGACAGAGAAUGAAGGAAAGCAUACCUCCCUGCAUUCCUCCAAGACUUCACACUAUCAGAUCACCAAUGGAAAGAGCAAUCUAUCCUCUGACCCCAGUGCAACAGACAGUGAUGUAAGCGAGGGCAGAGAUGGGGGUGUUAGUUUCAGCACCAACCAUAACUCUGUGGUGUGCCUGCCUUUGGUCUCUGAGGGCCUGAAGCUAGUAUGGACACAGUCAGAUCAGACACGUGAGCUUGACACCAUCCCAGAGCUGGUCCAGGCAUUCAAUGUGUUCCCAUACCCAACAUCUCGUGAGGUGAAUGCCUUGGCACGGCUUUGUGCCCUGCCUCUGGACAAAGUCAAGGUCUGGUUCAUGGUGCAGAGAAUCAAAUACGGUAUCAGCUGGGCCUCAGAGGAGAUUGAGGAGACGCGUCGCAAGCUGGCCGGACCUGAGCGGACUAACGACUAUGCAAAUGAGAAGGAGAUAAAAAUUGGGAAUGGGUGUGGGGCAAUAUCUGUGGAGACAGAGGACGAUGAUCAAAUUAAUAAUGGUCUUCACUCCUACCUGCUUCACCCAAGAAAACGAGCCAGACAUGAGACCCCAGAACCCUGCAAACCAGCCGCCACUGUCCAACAUUUCAGUUCCUCUCUCCCACCCCCUCAGGAUUCAUACUACUACCGCCCUCCUGUGGACAUGCCAGCAACUACCGCAACUGAUGCUUCCCUGAGCCUCUCUGAGACCUCACUUGGCUCUCCACAGCAACAACAACGCGGACGCUACAAAAAGACCAAAGCCCAACUUGCAGUCCUUCGCAGCAGCUUCCUGCGGGAAAACUGGCCCGCAGAGACUGAGCUCCGACGCCUGCAGGAGGACACCAGCCUGAGCCGCAAUGACAUCCGCAAGUGGUUCAGCGACAGCCGGUACCAGCUUAGAAAUGGGCGUGGACUGCUUGGAACAUCCAUGGUCUAUCCUCAGUUGACAACAGGAGACGCAAAGAACGAAUCUCAGCAACUUCGACCUCUUCCACUCGUAGCACACAGGCCUCGGGAUCAAGAAAAUGGUGUUGAAGUGCAGGGAAGGGCUCAAGAGAAGGGAGCUCGCAGCAACGGAGUGAAAGAUUCACACUUCUUCCAGAACUUUCUGUCAAACAGCUUGGAGGCAUUUGGGGAGGGAGCAGUGGGAGUGGAGGCAGAGGAGGACGAGGUUGCGGAGGAAGCCUCAGUUCACACUGAAACUGUUAAGGAAGAGAACGAGGCGGUGGUGAAACAAGAAAAGCCUCUACACUUUAGGGGCAGUAAGAACCCAGAGAUUAAACAAUCACCAUCAGCCGUUACCAUCUCCACUUCCCCCAUCCCCUCGCAUUCUACCACCCCUUCAACUUUAACUGCUAAUAAGCGUAGUUCUUCUAGUACCAGCACGGUGCAGAGGUCUGCUCGCUCAGCCAAAGCCUCACUGACAGCCCUGUCUCUCUCCAGUCCUCCCUCAACCUCGUCUCCUCUUCUUACACCCGCUGGCCGACCACGGAAGACCAAGGAACAACUGGACAUACUAAAGGAGCACUUCUUGCGGUGCCAGUGGCCUAAGAGUGAGGACUACACCCAGCUGGUAGAGCUCACAGGCUUGCCUCGUGCAGAUGUCAGCCAGUGGUUUGGGGAUACGCGCUAUGCUGUUAAAAAUGGUCAGCUACGUUGGGUGCAGGGGGUCCGUGAGCAAUUCCGAGAGCAAUUCCUGGCUGAAUUAGCCACACAGCAAAAUGGCAGUGGUGGAAACGGUUCCAGUGGAACCCCUCGGGUUACGGGUAGCCGCAAACGAAAGUCUCAAGUGAAUGGCGCAACAGCACCAACAUCCACUGCAGAUUCCCCGGACAUCAAUCCGCUGGAGGUUUACCAUCGCUCGACAGGGGUUCUUCAUGAGAAAGACCUUGAUGCCCUUUGCAAAAAGUCACGAAUGAGCUACCAGCAGGUGCGGGACUGGUUUGCAUCUCAGGAGAGCAAGGCAUUUGACCCAGAGCCCAAUGUUACUGAUUGAGAUGAGGAACUUGUGGGCUGGUAGGGGUUGGAAAGUAGCAGUGUCUCUCUUUUUUACAGAGGACAAGACUGAUAAUGUCUUACCCAGAAUUUCUCAUAAAUUUGACAAACAUUUCAUAUUGAAUUACUUUGCUUUAAUGUGAGCAGGUGUGACUCUUAAAUGCUUAGUAUCAGCACAGAUUUUGCGACUGUGCUGAAUUAUUGCUGCAUUCUCUUUUUUUUUUUUUCAUAAGUUUGGACUAAAUCCUGAUGGUGCUGCCUACUGUAGACAGGACAGUACAUAGUACACUGGUUCAAUUCCCCCCCACCUAUUUUGUUUGUGUUAUAUAAUUUGUAGUCCAGUAUUGUAGCAACAUAUUAACUGGAUAAAAAGUAUGUAUUGGUUAGAGCUCCUUAGGUACUGUAGUUUAGUUCUGUAUUUUACAGAAGUGAAACUGCACUGGGAAAACCUAAACAUAACAUCAUUUAUGAGUCUUAGGGUAAAGACACUGAUUAAUCACUUAAAGUAGUAAUCAUUCCUUUACAACCUACAUGUCCUUUUUACAAAAACAAACUGGACAUCCACACGUAAUACUUCUGAAUAGACAGGUUGCACUUGAAUUUGAGCCCUGACAUUUUAGCUGUGAUAAUGUUUAUUAAAUGCAUUCCUUUUCAGAAAAAUUGAAUACCUAUUAAAAUUGUUAUGCAGUUUGCACUGACCUGCAAUGUUUUAAAGUGAAGUUCAAUGUCCACGAAGACUACAAGUUCCAAACAUAUUUUGGAUAAACUGAAGAUACUGAACUGCACUCUUUGGUUCUGUAUAAUCCUGUAUUUUUCACUCUGCUCAACUGUCUCAAUUUCUGUUUACCUGUGAAGGGCUGCAAUAUAGGCUUAUUUUAUUGUUGGGUUUUCAGUUUAUUUCACCUAGUCCAUGCCCCAGAUUGGUGGGGACAGUAUUCUUCCUAUAUUGAGCAUUUGUGUGAGGGGAUUGAGGGGCAAAAGAAGUCACUGGAAUUGUGUAAUCCAACCAAAUUCAGUUCAGCAGAGAAGGGACAGAAGCAUAAUAGAUUGUCUUAGUCCACUUUAAUCCAACGCAAUAAGUAGUGUUUUGUGCAGGCCAUUUUCUAUGCCUCAGAGGAAAAUUACACGUGUUACAUUCAUCCAGGUAUACCAGUAAAAGUAUUUUAAUCAACAUUAAGCAACAUUUUCUACAGUGUAAAUGUUUUUUCUAUUAGCUAUGAGAACAUUACAAAGGAAGUACAAGAAUGCUGUAGAGGGCUGAAGGAGAAAUGUUUGUCUUAACACUAUUCUCAGUUGCCGAUCCCUUUAAUUGUAGUUGUAAACAGUUUUUCAAUUUUCUACUUAACUGGACACAUGGCGCUCAUUUCAAAAGUCAGAGAUUCUCCAGUACUUUUCUAUCUUUUAUAUCUAGUAGUUGUGAAAGUAGCACUCCCAAGCCAAAAGUGAUCCCUGAAAAUUGCGUACUACAUCACAUAUGUGCACCACCUCAUUGCUCUCUACUGUUUCCACUGAGUCGUUGGGCCCAUCCUGCAACCUCAUUGGAUAAUGCUGGGCAGGCUUCUUGCUAGCUUCCAAUCAAUGCAAGGGCUAGAACUCAAAUUGUUAAGGGGCUGGCCCACGUGGGGUGAAAUGUAGGGGAAAUGGUGCUGCACAGUUUCAAGAAAAGUAUUUUCAAACUAGGGAUUUUGUGGCUAAUUGAAUUGAAGACAGUAAUUCUGCUCAUAGAUUAUGCAUAUAUGAACUACACUUUGACACAUCAUCCCAAAGCGGGAGGUUUAAAUAAUAUAUAUAUACUUUAUUUGCCAAAGUACGGGAGCAUGUCUUUUUAAUGUUGUAUUAUGUUCAAUAUAACAUUUGCACAACUGCAUCACUGGAAACAAGUAAAAAAAUAAAAUGUUGUGUGUUAA